AUGGAUGGAUUCUGUUCGGAUAAGAAGCGUAUAGGAUGCACACAACCGAGGCGAGUGGCUGCGAUGAGUGUGGCGUCGAGGGUUGCCGAAGAAAUGGACGUGAAGCUCGGAAUUGAGGUGGGCUAUUCGAUUCGAUUUGAAGAUUGUACUUCAGAGAAGACAGUCAUCAAAUACAUGACCGACGGUAUGCUUUUGCGAGAGUUUCUGAAUGAACCUGAUUUAGCGAGUUACAGGUGA